GGAAUGCUAAUUUAGGGAACAACUAUUUAUUUUCCCAAAGCUACUAGUGAAAGAGUUUUAAUAGUUGAAGUAAUAUUUACUCAUUUCCGGUGCGAAGGACACCGGAAAUUCAGGUGUAACACAGGUGAAGCAAUUCGAAAUCCGCAAGUAGACAGGUUGUUUCGUGUCGUUCCUUAAGCUUACCUUUGAUUUUUAAGAUUAUUUUCAAUCCUGUCCACACCGAUUUUAGGUAAAAUGCUCGACGUUUUUUUCUAUUUAUACCUAACCGGCUUCGGUAACCUGUGCUGUCGCUUACCUGUUUAGCGAAGUGAAAGUAAAUUUUGGCCUCGAGUUAAACUGCCCAAUUCAAUUUGACGGUGGUCCAGAAAUGAAUCUUCGGUGUUUCAUCGCCUGCUUCUCUCUUACUUGCUGUCUGGUUUCUGGACAAAAUGCAAAAUAUGUACUGGUUGGGGAGAAAGUCGACUUCCCAGGCUUCAGCGACAAUAAAGAAUCCCCUGCCGACAUUCUGUGGAAGCAUAUAGAAGGACACAACGUACACAAAGUGGUGCAUUUUGAUAGCAGACAAGAACAAUUCUUUGGGUCAUAUGAAGGUCGGGCCACUCUUGGCUGGCGUUUUGCAGAUCUGUCCAUUAGCAACCUGAGAUAUGAAGACAGUGGAUCAUAUGACGUGGAAUUAUUAAUUAACAACCAACACCUGACCAAAAGAUAUGAACUGAUAGUCAUUGACAAAGUCACCAAGCCUACCAUAUCCUGUGAAAUAAACAAUGCAAGCACUUCUGAGUCACCAGGGAAGGCAACUCUGCUCUGCUCUUUACCAUCCCAUUCUGAUCAGUCCUCACUGAGGUUUCAGUGGAGCACAAAUGCAAAGAUUCAUCUCGGACACAUGCUGAAAAUUUCCCUUGGAGGUGAAUUUGAUGAUCGUCAGUACAACUGUACUGUAAACAACCCACUCACUCAAGAUUCAGCAGUGUUCUUUGCUAAGGACUGCUAUCCUGAGACAAAGGCUCAAACCGGACUGAUUGCUGGUGUUGUUGUUGCUGUUGUUGUUGCUGUUCUACUGCUGAUUCUACUGCUGGUGGUCUUCUUUUGUCUUAAAAAAGUACGCUCAAAUCGUGAGAAGUCUGAUUUGGAAACUCUGUCAAAUUCUGGAUUUCCAAAAGCAACAUCUGGAAGUGAAGAAAGCCAGGGUCUUCUGGACAGAGCACCUACAUUACCCUCUAAACAUGCUCUUGGACACCUAAACCAAAGAAAUGACACCCCGUUGGAUCCUUCCCAAAAGGAUUCAGAGAAGAACAAAGUCCAAGACAGCAAAAUUCUUUUCUCUCCGUCGAUUAAACAACUUCGCACCUUAUUUGAGAAGGAGAAUGGAAAAGCUAAUGAAGCUGAGCCCAGAGAGGUUGUGGAGGAAGAAGUCUUGGAGAACAACCCUUCAGAUUCUGAGGCUAUGAAUCCUGAGCUAAUAGCUUUGCCAUCUGAAAGUAAUUCAGAGAAGAACAAAGUCCAAGACAGCAAAAUUCCUUUCUCUUCGCCGGUUAAACAACUUUGCAUCUCAUUUGAGAUGGAGAAUGGAAAAGCUAAUGAAGCUGAGGUUGUGGAGGAAGAAGUCUUGGAGAACAACCCUUCAGAUCCUGAGACUAUGGAUCCUGAGCUAAUAGCUUUGUCAUCUGAAAGUAAUGAACUUCCAGAAGGAUUGGAAACAGAGGACAAUUCUCUAGACUCUAAGGAAAAUGCGUUACCUAGUGUGCCAAAUGGCAAUGGUCCAGAGAAAAAUAACGAUGAGGACAAUAAAGCUUUAGAUCCUCCUCCGGUGCCUCCAAAAUCCAAGCUUGUUCGGAAUCUCUCUGCAUUACAAAAAGUGACUAAAAAUACAAAUCCGAAAGUUAUCAAGAAGCAAAGUUUAGAUGACCCUGCUGAUUCUGGAAAUCCAAAUGAGGUGUCAAAUGAUCAGAGUUUAAGUGAAAAACCUGAAGACAGUGGAAAUUCAUCUCUUCCUGAGGCAUCACCCCGUCUUGGUCAUCCUUGUACGGAUGACAAAAAACUAGGGGAUGAAGAUAAAUUUCCAGACAUUUUGGAUAAAGAGGAUAUUCCUAUAGAUGCUGAAGAGACUAAGGAUGCUUUACCUGGCUCAGAGAAAAAUAAGGAUGAGGAUAACAGAGCUCCACAUCCUCCUUCAGUGUCUCAGAAAUCCAACCUCGUUCGGAAUUUCUCUGCACUAAAAAAAGCGACUGGAAAUACAGACCCAGAAGAUAAGAGACCAGUUUCAAAUGAUCCUUCAGAUUCUGGGAAUCCAAAUGAAGUGCCAGAAAAUCAGAAUUCAGGAAGUAAGAAAGAGGAGAAUGAGUUUGCAAAAUCAACCCCUGAAAAUGAUGUUCAGCCACUGCCUGUUGCCAAGGAGAAUUCUCCUUUGAGCCAAAACUCUCCAGAGAGUUCACCAAAGGCUGUACAUAAACAAGACAUCGACUCAGAUGAGUGUGUAAUGACAAGUAGAGGAGAAUCUUCUUCAUCAUUCUUAGAAGAAUCAGAAAACAAGGAGCAUGUUCUGCCCACUUCCACUCCCAAAAAGACUGAUUCAGAAACAACAGUGGAGGAGCAACAACCUGCUGUCUCUGAAACAGAAUCUGAAAUGGAGACCCUGCAAAAUAAGUGACCAACACCACCCAAACUAAGACAACAAAUAUCCGUUUCCCGAUUCUCACAGAACAGAUUCAAGACCAAGAAAUAGACACUAAGCAGCAAUGCAAAGACUUUUGAGACUAACCUGAUCGAGAAAAUACAGUCUCAGAGGAAGAAGAAAAGAACAAGAUCAGACGUAGCACUAUAAUCUGCUGAAGACGAAGAUUAACCUACGCAGACGAAAAUAUAAAGUAAGAGCUUCAGUGAGAAUAAAGAUGGGCAAAUUGUUGGAGCUCUCAGGCAACAUGACAAAUGGGCACAAUUCCAAGAGAAACCAACAAAUAAAGAAGACAGAUAGAAAGGAACAAAGACCAAAAUAAAAAGUAACAAGGAGUUUUAUUCUGAGAUAGUCAAGUUGAGAUAUUCUACGGUAAGCUGAAGAAAGAUGGGUGCUCCAUCUUU